AUGAAGAUCUCAUCCCUUUGCGCACUUGCAAUGACUUUCCUGGUCUCUGGAACUGCCAUUGCUGGCUGUGUUGAGGCCCAGUGUGAUGCGAGCUGCCGUAGAGAAGGCUAUACCGGUGGCACCUGUUUGAAGAAUGCCGGCUUCUCAUACUGUGCCUGCCGCGGUGCUCGUCCUCCAGGCCGCCGUCGCUAG